UGGCUGAACAUUCUUCCUCACCCUUUCACCCAGAGACUCCAGAGCAAUAAGAGCUUUGAGUCUUUGACAUAUUAUUAUCUGCAGUCUUUGACAUAUUAUAAUGGCACACCCAAAGGAGAUCUCAGCUCUCAACAAGGCUUUCACAGGACUUGGAGUCGAUGAGAAGACUUCUAUAUCUAUAUUGACAAAAUGGCAUCCACAUCAGCUACAUUCAUAUAGAAAAGCCACUCCAGAUUUCUUCAUAGAAGAUGAACGUCAAUUUGAGAGAUGGUCAGAUCCACGUGUCCUACAACUUAGACAAGAAUUCAUACGCUUCAAGGAUGCUGUGGUGCUCCGGACUAUGCAUCCUUGGGAAAGAGAUGCUCGUUUAUUUAAGGAGGCUUUGCAGAUGGGCCCAAGAAUUGAUAUUAUUAUAGAAACAGCAUGUACAAGAUCAUCUGAAGACCUUUUGGGAGCAAGAAGAGCCUACCAUUCCCUCUUCCACCACUCUAUUGAGGAAGACAUAGCUUCCCAAAUCCACACCAGUGAACGUAAGCUUUUAGUUGCACUUGUAAGUGCGUACCGCUAUGAAGGUCCACAUGUUCAAGAAGAAACGGCAAAAUCAGAAGCCAAGGUGCUUUAUAAUGCUAUUAAAGCUGUUGCAAAGAAGAAUCCUACUGAGAAUGAAGAAGUUAUAAUGAUACUAGCAACAAGAAGCAAAUCCCAUAUCAAGGCUGUCUACAAAUAUUGCGAGGAAAUUAGCGGAAACCACUUGCAACAGGAUCCAGAUGGUGAUUGGGCUCUGAAACAAACAGUCCAAUGCUUAUGCAUGCCACAUGCAUACUUUAGCAAGAUUUUGGAUGCAUCACUAAGAACUGAUGUGGAUGAGGCUGCAAGAGAUUCUGUCACUAGAGUGAUUCUCACACGAGCAGAUGUGGACAUCAAGCAGAUCAAAGAAGAGUUUCAACACAAGUUUUCUGGAGUUAGUCUGUCCAAAAGGAUUGAAGAAGUUGCUAAUGGCAACUACAGGGAUUUUUUGCUUGCUUUAGUUUCAAAAGAAAACUAAUAAAGUGCAUGUCGACCAAAACUAAACUUUGCUCAUUAAUAAGCCCGCUCUAUCUUGUCUUUGCUUUUUCAUGAAUUCAUAUUUUGUGUUACGCUUCUGAAACUUUUGUUGAACCACCAGUGCAUAAGAUUUUUUUCAAUAAUAUACUUGCGUCAAAAUUCCAUCCA